GUUUCUGCUCUUUCUCUCAGCUUUUUCCACUCUCGUUGUGCUUCUUGUUGGGCGAAAUAAAAUCCAGUCGAAAGGGCUUUUUUUUUAUGCUUGCGCCGGCGCCGGAGGUCGAGGUUUCCGGCGAGGCCCGCUGUGGCGGCACGAUUGGUCGUUCUCCAGCGGCGGAGGUUGCGGGGAUGGGCAUUUUGGGGCCUUCGCAUGGACAAAGGUGAAGAGGACUAGGGCUGAGAUAUUCAGAUACCUGUGGAAGAAGACGAAACCCUGAUUAUACUAUCUAAUCUGAGGGAUAUCCAUGAGCAUUUUGGUUACCAUUCUGAUAGAAGCUUUCUGUUUUCUAGUGUAGACAAAGUGUGCAGUGUUCCUUAACAACUUACCUGUCUGCCAGCGGAAAGUUACCCAUUGAAGUUGCAUUGUUGGAUUUCAUUUCCCAUCUGCCUCUAUUUCAAGAUUGAUAUCAUUGACAUUUGCAGCUUAACAGGUUUUUUGCUUGACUAGCCAUCUGUACUGCAAAAAGUUCUUCCAGAAAUAAGUUAUUUAUCAUCAUUAUGUCCAUGGCAUCUUUCCCUGCUCUUGGUCCUGCAUUUGUCAUUUCUAUGGGAUAUGUAGACCUUGGAAAAUGGUUGGCAGCUGUGGAUGGAGGAGUCCGAUUUGGAAAUGACCUGAUGUUAUUAGUUCUGUUUUUCAACUUUACUGCCAUUCUGUGUCAGUAUCUCGCAACUUGUGUUGGCAUUGUCACCGAAAAAAAUCUUGCAGAGAUAUGCAGAGAUGAAUAUUCAGGAACAACCUGUAUGAUAUUGGGAGUUCAAGCAGAGCUAUCCCUGAUUAUUUCUGAUUUAACUAUGAUUCUGGGAGUAGCACAAGGUUUCAAUCUUCUGUUUGGUGUUGACUUAUUUGCAUGUGCCUGGUCAGCUGCAGCUGGCUCUAUUAUUUUGCCCCUUUUGACACAUCCUUUGAUGCAGAAUGAUCGGAAGGCUGGACUUAUGUGUGAAAUUAUAUCUGGUAUGGCUUUGGUUUUCUAUGUGCUUGGGGUACUAAUCAGUCAACCAGAAAUUCCUCUUGCAAAGAAUAUUAUGUUUCCGAAAUUGAGUGGAGAGAGUGCAUACUCUCUUAUGGCUCUUCUUGGUGCGAAUAUAAUGGUGCAUAAUUUUUAUGUUCACUCUUCAGUUGUUCAGCAGCAGCAAAAGAGAUUCUUAAAUGUUCCUGUGGGUGCUUUACUUCAUGAGCAUUUUUUUGGAAUAAUGUUCAUCUUCACUGGCAUAUCUUUGGUUAAUUAUGUGCUGAUGAACUCGGCUGCAUCUGUUUUCGGAAGCACAGACAUAGAUCUCAACUUUCAUGAUGUGUGUCUGCUGAUGGAUCAGAUUUUUAGGAUUCCAAUAGCACCUAUAGCAGUAUUGCUGCUCCUAUUCUCUAGUCAGAUUGGAGCUUUGGCUUGGAAUACAGAUGGACCUCAAAUCUUGCAUUAUUCUUUUGGUGCCAAUGUUUCUGUUUGGGUUCGUCGUCUUUUAUUGAAAACCUCCUCUGUGAUUCCUGCUCUUUGCUGUGCAAAAAUUGGAGGCACUGAAGGGAUAUAUAAAUUUCUUAUUUUUUGUCAAGUUAUACAGGCUAUGCUUCUUCCAUCUUCAGCAAUUCCACUUUUUAGAGUAGCAUCUUCGAGAUCAAUAAUGGGAGAAUACAAAAUGGCAUGGUAUCUGGACAUAAUGUCUCUGUUGGCAUUUCUUCUAAUGCUGGCUUCGAAUAUAUUCUUCAUCAAUGAAAUGUUGUUUGGAAAUAGUAUCUCGAUAAACAGCCUCAAGGAAAAUACAAGAUUUGGUGGAACUAUCACAUAUGCUGCCAUUCUUCUUGUUGCUUGUGCUUCAAUACUUUUUACACUAUACCUAGCAGCUACGCCUCUCAAAUCUGCAAGUGAUUUUCCAGAUUUAGGAACUUUGGUUUCGCUGAAGGAUGAACUACCCGAGGAAACAGAAGAUACUACUUCUAUCAGAGAUGAGAUUAAAGCUACUGAAAAUCAGCUUUCACUGGAACCUCUUGCGGAGAAUACUCUGCAGUAUACUGAUAUAUCAUUUUCAGAAUCUAUACUCGAACAAUCUGAUGCAGCUAUGGAUUCUGAUAAUGAUCCUUGUCAAAUUAUUGACAGUACUGCUGCUUCUAACACAACUUUUGAUUCUGAUCAUGAUUGCCAUCAACAUAUUCAUUUUUCUGGCUCGUCUAAUACCUUUAUUGCGCCAAUAUUUCAACCUGAAGUAUCAAAGUCUAUUGAUGUAGAAGACUUGGAAAGUGUGAGUGGCACAUCCACCAAUACCUUGUUAGAUACUGCUAUUAAAGAAAAACAUGAAUUUGAAACCGACAAGGAAGAUUUGGCAUUAGAAGUAGCUAUUGCCACUGUGAUGGAAAAAGAUGAGACAUUGGAUACUAAGGAUUCUGUAGGCGAGCUGUUGGUGCCCAUAAGCGAAUCGUUGCCUCAUUUGACAUCUGAGGAUUCUGAAUGUUGUAACGCUGCUACUGUAAAAAUUUCAGAGGAGAGUACUGGCAGUGUAAACUUAUCAAAGUUGUCUGGAUUAGGCCGUGCUACUAGAAGGCAAUUUGCUGCCAUAUUGGAUGAGUUCUGGGGUCAAUUUUUUGAUUUCCACGGGAAACCAACACCAGAAGCUGUUGGGCAAAAGUAUGAUUCUUUGUUGGGAUUAGACUCGAAAGGUGUUAGAUCUGCAAAAGGUGAUAUAGGAACAGAGCCAUCCAUUAAUUUUCAUAAAGAUGUUGAUAGAAUAACAAUUUUCCCACCCAACCCGAUGGAAUAUAACUCUCAUAAGAUGAAAAUCUCGGCCAGUGGAGAUUUAUCCUAUGGAUCUCAGGUGGGCUCUUCAACUUGGUCUCGGAACUUGCAAGCGAAAACACAUUUUCUAAACUCAGCUGGUAACCUACCUGAGCCAAAUGAAAGACGUUAUUCUAGUUUAUAUCUGCCACAAUACUCAGACAACCAUGAUUAUCAGCCGGCUACAAUCCAUGGAUACCAGAUAGCAUCUUAUCUAAAGGAAAUUGGUGCGACGCGAAAUCCUUUUUCUUCAAAUGUGGCACCUGAAUCUCCGAGAGUUACUAAAUCUUCUCUGAAAGUUCCUCCAGGGUUUGGGGAUUCAGUUCCAUACAGCGAUAGACAAACUGGACUGAAUUCACUUGCACCUUCUAGUUUGCAAAGCCCAACAGCAUCUCGAGUUAGUAGAAUGCAGGUGGAAGGAAAUUAUUUCAACCCUUCUUUGGUUGAACCUAUAGGAAAUGCUGACACGUCUGCCUAUGAAAAGAAAUAUCAUAGUUCUCCAGACAUUUCUGCUCUUAUCGCUGCUAGCAGGAACUAUUACUUGAAUGAGUCGAAGUUGGGUGGUCCUAUUGGUUCCAGACCAUCUGUUAGUAGGAUGAUGACUAGCCAGCAGCACCAGUAUUUGAAUCCCAUCUCCAGAACGGCAGUUUCAUCACCAUUCAAUGAGUUCUACCCACCCAAUCUCCAGAGAGAUGCACUCCCUCCUCAAUCAAAUUUGAGUUCAGGCAGCAAAUCCCUUUGGUCUAUGCAACCAUAUGAACAAUUCUUUGGUACGCCAACCAGGGAAUACAAUCUAGGGGGACGAACAGUCCCUGACAAACCUGGCAGCGCUUCCCAAGAAGUUUUCCCUUGUGCUGAGGUAGAACGCAGGUUGUUACAAUCUCUUCGAUCAUGUAUCUUGAAGCUCCUGAAAUUGGAAAACUCAGAUUGGCUUUUCAGACUAAAUGAUGGAUGUGACGAGGAACUAAUUUAUCAAGUUGCUACAACUGAGAAGAAUAUGUGCAAAGUGGUUGAGAUGAAUCAUUUGGAUUCUAGUGAACUUCGCCACUUGUCCCCUGAACGAAAGCUUAAUUCAGUUCAGAGGAAUGAGGAGGCAGACAUCUCUUGCACUUUGUCGCUGCCUAAUUGUGGAGAUGGUUGUAUAUGGCGCACAUCCCUUCUUGUGAGUUUUGGAGUGUGGUGCAUUCAUCGGAUAUUGGAUCUGUCCCUUGUUGAAAGCCGGCCAGAGUUGUGGGGUAAAUACACUUACGUGCUCAAUCGUCUUCAGGGGAUUCUUGAUCUUGCAUUUUCCAAACCCCGUUCUACGCUCAACACUUGCUCGUGUCUUGAUGUACCACUGGAAGUUGCUGAGCCUUCCGACUCUCUUAUGCUGUCAAAAAUGAUAAGUGGAUCCUUCACAACUGCAGCUAUGAUUCUUGAUAUUAUCAAAGAAGUUGAAAUUUCAGUCUCGGGCCGAAAGGGUCGGACGGGCACAGCAGCAGGCGACGUUGCAUUUCCCAAGGGGAAGGAGAACUUGGCAUCUGUGCUGAAGCGUUACAAGCGCCGGCUCUCAAACAAGAGCGCCGGAGCACAGGAAGUUUCAUUGCCCCGCAAGAUUCAUACGGCUCCAGUGCUAUAACGACUGUACUGAUGUUUUCGAUACUUGGUUUUUUCGUUGAAAAACGUUCUCAGGGUUCAAAGAUGUUACUCUUUGUCCCUCCGAGUUUCCCAUUGUGUAUGUUGUAUAAUUAAGCAGGAUUAUGUAGGAUUUCUUCAGUUUCAAGAUCUUAAUCCUAAUAUUUGUUUUCGAAUA